AUGACGGAGCCUGCAUUCCGCGGCACACUACUGUUGCUGCAGAACCGCACCCGGCGUGAUCCUGAGGCCUAUCGAGAUGAGUUUCUCGCCCAGCUUGACCACUUCAAGGCUCUGAGUAAAACCAUCAUGACACAACAACAAACAAGUAAUCCUCAGUACAUUGCGGUAUUAAACUAUGUCUGUCAUGUUGGACACUGCUUCCCGGUGGAGUGUGCGGAGGUAGCGGAUAUUGUGGUGCAGCUGCUGCAGGACUACAAGGGUGCGGCCAUGUCCUCUGAGUUGCGUCUCGCACUUGUGAAGUGUCUCGCGUUGAUGCGGUCUAAAAAUAUUGUCUCUGCAGAACGUUCCUUUCCACUUCUUUUUCAACUUCUACAAGAGCGCGAUAAAAGCCUUCGUCGUCUCAUUUUGUCUCAUGUUGUGAGUGAUAUACGGAAAGUAAAUAUGCCAGGAGCGAAAAAUGGGGCUCAGGUUAAUAAAAAAGCACAGAAUUUUCUCUUUUCUGUAAUGAAGGAUGAUGACGCCGUUCAGGCACGUUGUGCAGAAAUGGUAAUGAUUGAUUUAUACCGUCGCCGUGUUUGGGCUAAUGAACGUACUGUAGAAGUGAUCACGCAGGCUUGUUUCUCACGUCAUACCGCUAUUCUACGUACAGCAUUGCGAUUCUUUCUACUUCAGAUGCCGAAGAUUGCAUCCCUUGAUGAUGGUAAUGAUGAUGAUGAAGAAGCUGAUCCCGGUCGUUCUAUCUCUCGUAUGAAACAAAAACUAAAGAUUGUGAAAAAAACAAGUAAACGUCAGCGUAUUCUUAAGCGAGAAAUGAAUACGGUAAAACGGAAGUAUAACAAGGAAGAGAAGGAAGAAGAGCUAUUGGCUAAACAACAUGUGGAUCCAGUACGACUUCUACGUGAUCCACAGCAAUUUGUUGAACGUUUACUCGCUCGUCUGCAAAAAACCACUGAACGGUUUGAAGUUCGUAUAUUGUUCUUAAAUGUCAUUGCCCGAGUGGUAUCUGAACAUGAGGUGGUGCAUCUCCCACUCUAUGGAUUUCUGGAACGCUAUAUGGAACCUUCACAACUUCACGCUACACAACUAUUGGCCCUUUCUGUCAUGUGUGUACACCGUAUGGUUCCACCAGAUGCACUUGAACCCAUUGUAAAGGCUAUUGCAAAUCACUUUGUAUCAGAUCGGGCAUCACCUGACGCUAUUACUGUUGGUCUUAAUACAAUUCGUGAGAUAUGUAAACGUCAACCACUUGCAAUGAAUGCUGACUUGUUAAAGGAUUUGAUAGAAUACAAAUCACAACGAGGAGACAGGGGUGUUAUGAUGGCGGCUCGAGCACUCAUUCAAUUAUUCCGUGAUGUUUACCCCGAGUUGUUACCUGCCAAACUUCGUGGUGGUCGUGCUGGACCUGCCGAAGAGAAGGAACGUCCCGUAUAUGGCAAACAGGAAAUUUACACAGAUGUCCCUGGACUAGAACUGCUUUACGCUGAUAUGGACGAUGAGAACUCGAGGAAUGACAACUCUUCUUGUUGUAGUUCUGAUGAUGAUGAUGAUGACAGCGAUGGUACGUGGAUCACAGAUAGCAGUGAUUGUGACCCAGAUGAUGUGGAUGGUAGCUUCGUUGAUGCCUCAGACAGUGACAAUGAUGAGGCGAGUGAUACUUGUCCAGAGCUUGUGCAAGUACAAGCGGAUACUCCUGCUGCAGCCGAAAUGAAAGAAGAAGAACCUCCAUUGAAACGGACACGAGGUGAGGAGGAUGCGCAAAGUGAUGUUUUGAGUCUUGGAACUGGUCUAGAUGAUGAUGAUAAUGAUAAUGGACGCCGUUCAAACGGUAGUAUAGUUAUCUUAGAUUCCUCCCUUCCACAUGACACAACCAAUGAGGAAGAGGAAAGUGAAGAAGAGGGAGAAGAAGAAGAAGAGGGAGAGGAAGAAGAAGAAGAGGGAGAAGAAUUAGAGGAAAGUGAAGAAGAGGAGGAAGAAGAAGAAGAUGAUGAUGAGAAUGAGAAUGAGAAUGAUGAAGAUUGGUUUGAGGACGCCGAUGCCAACUCCACACGCCCAUCCUUUCGCUCCACCGCAUCCACGGCGGCCAACAUCAGUGAAGGCGGCACUUCAACGAAGGUCUCUGCGGCCGCCAUGCGCAUUCUCAGCGAUGAGGACUUUCAACGCAUUCGCCGGCUGCAGGCACAAAACGGCAGUCAUCGCUCACUGCGGGGUAAACACAAGGAGCGGGACGCACGGGAAAAGCGGCGACAGCAACUCAUUCACGGCAUCUCUGCAGAUCUCACCGCACACGAUAUUGAACACUUUACAGAAAAGAAGCGUGCAGAAGAUAAGGAUGAAAAGAUUGCACGAGCACAGGAAUUGCGACAGGCAAGUUCUAAGUUUGAGGCUAGAAAGAAGAAGAAGAGCAAACUGAACUCCACACACUUGGAACAUGCAAAGCGUGGUAAACUCUUUAGUAUGGCUAAACGCUCACAACGUGUGGGAGCAAAACUAAAGUCAUCUGUCAGUGAUCGCUCGAAUCGUAAGAAGGAGAACAAGAAGAAGGAUAUUAAGUUCCGUAUCCGACGAGGAUGGAAGGCCUAA